AUGACUCAAGUACCAGGGUUGCCUUCAAAUAAUUGUAGGGUCUUGUGGUUGCACGCUGUGAAAGUCACUGAGUACCAAAGUUGGAUGGUCAUGGAUCAUUCAGCCUCUGUAUACCACCGCCUUUUUGCCUGGGUUCAGAACCAAUGGGAUUUCAGGGAAGUCUUGGCUGCCAAUGCUAUGGGUGGUAGUACUGACCCUCAGCCAGACCAAGAGCACUGCACACAGCUAUGGUUUCUUGACCAGGUUUUGUUCUUUGAGGUUUGCUGCCUGGAUGCUACUGAAAUGAACCAAAACAGCUUUGAUGCCAAGGUUGUUCAUUUCUGCAGCCUACUCUUACAUGCAUUUAACACUGUCACUAUCAAAAUGACUGGUUUUUCCAGUAAGGGGCCCACUCUAAUAGGUUUGCAUGCUAAUUCUUGCACGGUGAAGAGCAAUCCAUAA